GGUUCAAGCAGUUCGUCGACUGACGUUUUGGUUUAUUGUUGUUUCUCGCUUUCUCCGUUUUUUUUUUGCGUUAAGAACCACUCGCUAGAUGUGGGUUUCCGUAAAAGCUUUUCUGCGUCGACGGAUGUGGGUUUCCGUAAAAGCUUUCAGAUUUUAGGCAGGGCUUGCGUGUUCUCCAAUGGCAGAGCUCGAAUCCUGCGCUAACUUAGUUAAUACUUCUGCAUUUUGUGCUAGAAGUCGAGGGUGCUCUCUAGAAUUUUCUGUUCCUUCUGCUCCAUUGAGAUGUGAAGAACUGGGAAUUAAACCAGAGGAUGCUAGUGUCGCAGAUAUUUUGGCCGAGUUGCAGAGGGAGCGUCAGAAAAAUGCAGAACUUAUGGAGAGGAUAUCCUUAUUGGAAGCUCAAAUACAGGAGAAGAAUAAGGCAUCGCUACUCACAGAUGGACAAGAUGGUUGCCAUGGUGCAGCAGAGAGAAGUUUUAAGAAACUCAGGAGACAACUGAUAGAACAUGACAAAGUUGAAGAUGCAGAGAUUGCAGGAAGUCCUUUGACUGCACAAAUAAAGCAUGAUGUUCCAUGCAGGGCCAUUGAGGACAAAAAUGAACAGGAACACCUUGUAAAUUGGAUGAGCAUGGAUGAGACACAGUUUCUUAAUACUGAAAAAUAUAAAGAUGUUGACUAUGCUGCAGAUCAUGAAGAUACCGAUGACAGUGAUGAUGAGGAUGAUGAGUGCUAUGAUGAGGAUGAUAUUGAUAUUGAUGAUAAGAAUAUGCAUAAUGAUGGCAAUUCACUAGCUACAGGCAUAUUGAAAAGGCAUCUCCAUGAAAGUACUGAUGGGGAAAAACAAAUAUCAUGCUCAGGAAGGACCCCCUGUGUUCAGAGCCAACCGACAGAUCCAAAUUCUAGCCAAGAGAUAAAUGGCGAUCAAAACAAAGGCUGUUUAUUAACCGAUACAGAAAUCAUUAAUAACAAGAAGGAAAAUAGAAGGCAUUACAGGAAAGAAAAUAAAAAGAUUGGAGGUUAUAAGACAUCAUCAGAAAUCCAUAGCUCUGGGCAUGAGACUGGGCAAAAAGGAUUUGGAAGCAGUCCAUUGCACAAAAAGCCCCCAAAGGUAGCCUUUUGUCCGAAAGAAGUCAAGAGAAUAAUCGAGUCAGAUGUACUUUUGUUGAAAAACGCUCAAUCCCACACCAUUCGGAAGAUUGUUGUUUUUGCAUCUCUUGGCAUAAGGCAUGGGUGUGAAGAUAUGUAUGAACUAGAUUUCAAUCAUUUUAGCAUACUGAGGAAAGGAGAGCCAUAUGUUUCUCCCAAAAAUCCCGGGGAACAUGUUUUAUAUGAGCAUCGUGGUGUCCAAAGGAAGGUCUUCUAUCCAAAUCGACAUAAUCCUACACUCUGUCCUGUUAAAAUACUUGAGGAGGAGAAGGCUAUGAGACCAUCUGAUCCAAGCUGCCCAUCUUGCUUGUUUCUUUGCAUUAAAUAUGGAGGGAGGACAAGAAAUCUACCCCAAAAUGAAUAUGUGAGACAGCGGAUGGGAAGGAACAAGCUAAAAUCAUUUGGACCCCUUAUGUGUCAGAUGGCAAUGCUAGUCAAUAUUCGCAAUGGUAGCUUCUUCUUCAAGGCCUUAGGUAUUACACUUCUGUUCAUGGCUGGUUUCCCUGAUGACCUUGUUCAGAGGGAGACCAAGUACCGGAACCUGGACCUGCUUCAAAAAUAUUAUAGGACAGAUGAGGAUGCUGAAGGGGAAGUUUUGUUCCAUCCAUAUCCAGUGCUUUAUGACACGCAGGCUGGUCUAAAUCCACAACGGUUACCUGGGAAAGCAAUUUCAAAUAAAUCAAGUGGCAAGAAGCAAACAGUGUUCACAAGCAAGCCACCAAAUUUAACAAGAUCCUCAAUCCUACCAUCUGUUCCUUCAAGUCCUGUACCUCCUACACAGUUUGGGCUUAUGGGAUAUACCUCUAUCCAUGGUCAAGCAAUGGCAGCAUUCCAGUCUCUUCCAUCUCAUACUCUAACAGAAACUCCACCUAUCUCAAACUCUGCCACAGCCGCUUCUAACAUAAAUAUGCCCUACCCUACAGGGCAGACUCCAACUACAUAUCCCAUGUUUGCACCACACCCAGGCAACACCUUUGUGCCAAUAGCAUAUUGGCCUCAUACAAACGCAUUCCCUUCAUGUCCUUACCCAGCUUCAUAUGGUUGCCGAUCUUUUGCUCCAUCAACAAAUUACAUUUCCCUUCAUCCACAUCCUUACUAUGGACAUCCUUCCUGUGGUCCUCUUGUGCCUAAAGUGGUUGAAGGAACUGGGAAGAAAGAUGCAGCCCUGGAGGAAGCUGACAGUGAUUCUGACAGCAGCUCAGUUGGUACAGAACCAAAAAGGGACUUGGCAAAUUGUAAGUAAUGAACAACCCUGUCUUAUAUGAUCUGUUGUGUAGAACAUUAUGUAUUUAUGGCAAUGAAUUGCUUCUUAAGGAGGCAGCUACAAAUUAGCAUCUUUCUG